AUGAAUCGCCGAAAGGUACCCAAUCUCAAGAACGGUGUCGACCUCCAGCUGCAGUCUGCGUUUAACGAUGGCAACUGGGCUGCUGUGGUCCGUCUUGCAGAGAAGCGGGCCCAAACUUCCAACGACCAAUAUUAUGAGAUUAUGAAAAUAUGUGCUGAAAGCCACCUGGAUGAUCCCGUUUCCAAGUUCGCGGCCAUAACCGCUAUUGACAAGUAUGUCAGAGAAGGAACCGUUGUCAAAGAUGUCGAAUCCAUGGAUCUCCUUGAAUGGGCCAGCCUCGGCCUCGGCCUGAUGGACGAAGAAGACUUUCCCAAGACAAUUGGACCAUUGAGGGUACGUCUUGUCAAGGCUGCGCCCAAGGAUCUCCGAAGCUUCAACGACUGCUUUGAGUCAUGCUUAAUGCACUGGGAUCUUAUCAGCGUGCAACAGAUUGCCGCGAUAUUAGACAGAACAUUCCCUCGAGAUCAUGGCUUUAUGUUUUACAACAUCGUGACCACGCAUUUAUUGGCGACUAGCCCUCAACUACCCCUAGAGAAAAAGAAGCUAUAUGGGAUGCUCGCACUGAAACAGAUUCAGCGUGCUGCACAAUUGGCUGAAGAGACUGCGGCUACUGGAGACGAAGACGUCGAACCACCGCCACGAAGUGUCCAAACAGAAGAAGAGAUCCUGCUGUUAUACGAUGUAACUGAAAAGCAUGGUUCCAAGGAUGACUUGGCAAAACUCGUCUCAAGUCCCGUCUUCAGUCCUCUUGUUCAGUUCCGAAAGGGCAGGAAGGAGUUGAUGCUACGCACCAUUUCUCGCUACCAACAAGAACAGCAGUUCGAAGCUAUCUUCGAGUUGUGUAGGGAUUGUUUAUCAAUCGAAGGCGAAAACGGUCAGCCAAGUCUCAUGGCGGGAGACUGGAAAGUCUGGAAGCAUUUCAUUGAAGCCGCCACAGAGAUCAAGAAUACCAAGCCAGAGUAUGUGCGAACUCAAGAGCAGAAGAAGCCCCGACUGACAAUAUUCAGCAUUGAAGAAACUGUCCAACAACUCCUAUUGAAGUUCAUCAAGUCGCCAAAUCUGCGACCCAUCCACGAGCGCACUAUUCUAUUGGCGCGUCUCUCGGCCGCCUUCAAUCUUGCAUCGAACGACGAGGACGAUGUUAUUGAGAACGUGCCUACAUCAUUCCGACUCAAGGAACUGAUCAGCUACGUGGAGAGCCAAGGGACAAAUGCUGCGUGCUUUGAUGAAAUCAAAGCCUUUGCAGAGAGACUCAGCCCAGUCGCAUUAUGUUACAUGGCAUACGGGCUCGUUCCAAUCUUGGCUCGGGCUGCAGAGGACGAAAUUCAGUCGGCUAGACUGAUCAACCUUUCCUUCAAGCUAAAGUACUUUGCGGCCACAUGCCCCUCUAUGUACGGCGCAGUACCAGGCAUAAAGCCUCAGCGCAAAUGUUUGGUCUCUGGUGUUGAACUUGAUGCUAGCUCACCCGGGCCUGCUUUCUCAACCAUCGCCGAGGCUGCACUCGAGGCUUACCGGUCGCUAUCUGACUUGACUUCAAAAAGCCCUACUAUCGAGGCUGAGAUCAGACCGGAACUGGCUGUCAUUAUCGGUCUUUGCAUAAUCCAAACUGCAUUUCCUCCGUCAGCCGGUACCUCGAACGUUCCUGUCUCUUACGCCCCCCUGCUGCGAGCCCUACUCUUUCUCGAACACCAGCUCACUUUGACACCGAAACACAACAUCAUCUCCCUACUUCUAGUACAACUGCAUCUUCGAGUUGGUUCCGCGUCUCGUGCCCGAGAAAUCUGGAAUACACUGGGUGUCAAACGCACCAUCAUGGACUCACUCGCUCCCAUUUUUUACGACCGCCUCUCGACGAUUUCACCUGCUCUCAUCUCAUCAUCGGACCGGACCGGUUGUGAACUUAUGGACUUGCUGAGCUCUCACUUCAAAACGUCACUGAAGCUUAAAAUGCCCUCGCGGCUAAUAGAUGCUAUCCAUUCGAAAAGUUAUAGUAGCGCUAUCGAUAUCCCCGAAUACAUGGAAAACCUGCGGUGGAGCUGCACACGAGUGAUGAGUCUGGUAGAAGAUGUUAGAACCGAUCGCCUCAUGGGAGAACGCUUCUCAGAGCUGUUGACCGAUCCCCGAUUCAAAGCCGAAGUGACCGACGAUAUGAAACUGGUUGAGACCAUAGACUAUGGAUCUUUCCCGUCAUGGGACUACAGUUCUCAACCACCUGUGUACUCCCGUUUGCGAGUUGGACCACCGCCAACAAAUCGUCGCGCUCAUCUAUCCCUCCUCUCUGAAGCAUUCCAUGAACUCUUGGGUUACAAGCCUCCUCCCAAUUAUAAGGCUUCUGCGGCAGCCGCCAUUACAGACCAAAUCUUCGUCCUCGAAUCACUCAGUCAACUUAGCAAUUCUUUCAUGAAGUUCUCUAACGGUCCCAGCGGCGACCUCACCCCACAAGAAGCAACCUACUUUGAGGUCAUCAGCCUACUCAGUACUCUCAUUCCUUUCGCAACCGGUAUCAAUAGGGCCAAACCCAUGCCCGAGGAAUUUUUCCAGAUUAUGGACACUCUGAAAAUUGCCAUAGACACUCUCAAGCUAGAGCUUCUGCCUCUCGCAAACGCCUCAGAGCAAGUCACAACUCUGAGCACGCUUCAUUCUCUCGCCAUCCUCCGCGACACUUCCAUCGCUAUUAAAGCCUCGGCCCAAUGGGUUAUUGCCUUCAAUGAUCGCGAAAAAGAGCGUGAUCGCUCUGGGAAGAGUAAUCUUCCAAAAGAGGUCAUGGCACAGAUCAGGGAGCUUGUGACGAUAUCUGAGGGUACACUGAAGGAGGGCAAGGCCACCGUGGCGAAGAUGAAAGAACAAGUAUAUGGGCGAGACUUUGAGCCCGCGGUAAGAGCGUGGAUUUUCGAAGACGCAGAUAACAUUUUGGGCAUCGUCGGAGAGGCAGCGACGAAGAAACUCGUCCAGAGCUGGGAAUCCAACAUUAAGGGGUGGACCCAGGUAGUGUGGAGUUAG